AGGCCUAAAGCAACACGCCUAUCCCGCAUUUACAAAGCGAAUUUCGCAAGACGUCCUGGCUAAAAGCAAACGCGCAGCCCACUUGAUACAGAAUACUGCUGGACCCACACCUGUUACCAUGGGCCGAGAUUACUGGCGGUUCGUGUUCACCUCUAUGCUGGGUUUCCUCAACCUCCCAUUAACGUCAGCUACACAAUGCGGUGGGCUAACUGCAACGACUGAAAAGAAGCUCCUUACCUCAGAAGGGUAUCCUAUCAAAUAUGAACCUUCACAAACAUGCUCGUGGACUCUUCAGGCAUCUGACGCUUCCAAGAAUGUAAUUCUAGAAACAGUGGACAUGAUGAUACAACCCUCAACUGGUUGUGUUGAUGAUUCAGUCAGCAUAUAUGACGGUGACUCCAACUCUAGCACUAAGCUAUAGACGUUAUGUGGAGACAGUCGUGUGUUUGUGACCUCAUCUGGUCGGAACAUGUACCUUGAAUUUCGUUCCAACAGUAUUCUGGAGACAAGAGGCUUCCAGUUCCGAUACUACCAGGGAGACAAGGCAACGCCAUGCACGUUCACGUUCACUGCUACACGGGAUGUGAAGACCUUCAACUCACCUGGCUACCCCAUUGCAUACUUCAACGAUGUAUCCUGUGAAUAUUCAAUUCAAGCGACCGAUGCGUCAGAUAGUCUGCAAUUGAGGUUUACAGACGUUGAUGUUCAAUCAUCUCAAACUUGUCGUUACGACAACAUCAGCGUGGCAAAUAUAAUUUCAGGUGGAGAUAACCCAGUUGCCACAAUCUGUGGUAUGCCGAACUCAACCUACCAAGGAGGAAACAACAUGAAGGUCACAUUCACCUCAGAUGGGUCGAGGGUCAAUAAAGGAUUUUCAGUUGGAUAUCAGAGCGUCCCGAAGGAAGAAUGUUCAAUACACGUCCAGGCCACAGAUAUGGACACGUUUAUCAUGUCUCCAGGGUACCCGACUCAGUACUACAGCAACCUGAACUGCCGCUGGACCAUCGUGGCGAUGGAUAACGAUGCUACGGUCGAACUGGUUGCUGUCAUCUCCGACACUGCCGACACUUCCCCAUCUUGCAGCAGUGACAAAGUGUCUGUGGUGGACUCUGAUAUGACAGAACUGGGGACAUUCUGUGGAACAAACAAACCUACAUAUACUAGUACAGGACCAAACAUGACUGUUGUCUUCACGACUGAUGGCACCAAUCAGGCAACAGGAUUUCGUCUGAAAUACAAGCAGAAACGAGCCGCACCGUCAACGUGUGGAGGGGCAUUAACAGCUUCAGGUCCCGAGGAACUGCUUUCGCCAGGCUACCCAAGAGCAUAUUUGAGGUCACAAACAUGCACAUGGACAAUUACGGCCUAUAAUGAAAGCUUCGUCAAUCUCAAGCUUGUUGACAUUGAUGUAGAAGUUAGUGAUCAGUGUCAGCCGGAUAGCCUCAAAAUAUAUGACGGGGGCAAUUCUACAAGUCCUCUUCUCGGAACUUGGUGUGGGCAAAUGAACGGUUACAGGUUACAAAGCACAGGGAAUGUGAUGACUCUUGUCUUCAACACUGAUGACUCCAAUAACGGAAGAGGAUUCAACGUCAGAUAUAAAAAAGACUCAACUCGUAUGGGAUGCAUCGAUAGCUUUGAAGCUACAGACACAUAUUCCUACAUCACCUCGCCGAACUACCCGAAUUCUUUCCCAGGUGUUUCUAGCUGUACGUCGUACAAAAUAAGUGCAGACAUUGAUACCAGAAACAAGCUCGAAGUGCUGGAGUUAAAUCUCCCUGAACGAGUAAGUGGCGAGUGUACGAGUGACUACAUAACAGUACAUGACGGGUGGUCCAACCUAUCCAUACCACUCAAGUCCAUCAACACUCAACAUUUCCGGUUCUGUGGUAAGGAACUGCCGACGUUCGUGAGCCCCAGGUUCCUAAUGUUUGUCCAAUUCCACAGUACACAAGCAACAACAAACAGCAGCUUCCGGAUGAGAUAUUCGAAAGGAAUAUUUGCGGAUGAAUUUGUGUCUCCCUGUGGCGGGUCACUGAUUGCGACUGAUGAAGUUCAGAACAUUACAUCACCAAAUUAUCCAAACAAUUAUAGAGGGUUCUUAAAUUGUUCAUGGACCAUUACAGCAACAGAUAGUACCAAGAUGGUACGGCUCAUCACAACUGACUUUCAACUGCUUGAAAGUCCUUAUACUUAUGGUUGUCGUAUUACUUACUUGAGAAUAUACGACGGUGACGGCAACGGCACUAACUACGUCUCAGAAUGUGAAAAACAGCCGUUGAUGCAACACCAGAGCACCCAAAACAAAAUGACAGUGGUACUAGAAGCGUUUCGUGCGGCCAAUGCAUUCAGUCUUCAGUACACCCAAACAGCAGAUCUGUUGUCAUGUGAUCAUAUAAAGGACAUCGGCGAUUACGGUUCAAUUAAGUUUCCUGGAAGUGUGGAGGGACCAGUGCAAGGCCGUUCCUGCUCAUGGUUGUUGAGAAGAACAUGGAUGGUGGGCGUCAGAUAUCUCACACUGACGAUUAAUUCGACUGCUUUAAUUCAAAGCCCGAAUUGUACAAAGGAUUACAUUAGGGUAUACGAUGGUCAAUCAUCAUCAAGCCCUUUAAUUGGACGCUUUUGUGGUGGGAAAGUAUCAGAGCUUUCUAUUUUCGGAAACAAUGUCUUUAUCACUUCAGUCUUGUCAGGUCAAGGAUCUUUCGAUAUUGACUACAGUCCAGGUUUUACCAGUUUCUUGGGUCAAGAGAGGUACCUUUAUUCCGACAGGAAAAGCAUCCUAACAUCUCCAAAUUACCCCUUAAAUUACCCACGGAAUGCUGAAUUCUCUUGGACACUAACGACAUACGUAGACAAAGUUGUCGUUGAAGUGAUGUCGUCACAGAUAGAGAUGUCAGAAGGCUGCGUCAACGACAGAGCUGAAGCAUACGAUGGUGCGUCAAAGAAAGACAAACUUCUUGGAAAGUGGUGUGGCACAGAGACGCCAUCAUUUGAAAGUUCUGGAGGAGAACUGACCAUCGUACUGAUUAGCAACGACAACGAAAUCGCUGGCAAGGGGUUUCAAAUCAAGUUCUACGAGAAAGAAUCAUAUCUUGGAUACAUCAUUGGAGGUGUAGUUGGCGGUGUACUGGUGAUUUUAGUGAUUGGAGCAUCUGUAUUCAUCCGUGUUAAAAGACCGUGUAAAUCUCGAUAUAACAACGGGAAUGUUCAAGCAAAGUGUGUGAACAAACAUUGAGUUACUAAUAAGGUACAUGCCAUUCAGAUAUGACCAAUGCGAGAGAAUACGGAGAACAGUUUAAAUCUUAAAGCACAAUGUACAUACGUUUGCAUCUUGUUUAAUAUUGAAAUAAUAGAGACAGCAAUUGUAAAUUGAAAGACAUCUUCCGAGGCAAGUGAGUUAACUGACUAUAAAAGUCCAGUUUCCACCCUUGCCGUACUAGGCCUGAAAUCCGGAGUUAAUUUGGCGGGACUAACGAUUCGUAUGCAUAGUCCAAUCAAAAUCGCGAACUAGACAUCCGGUUAGUUAACAACACAGAUUUCAAAGUGCAGACUUCGGUCGAUUGCAUUAUUUGAAAAGCAUGUGUACCGUCAGCCGGGCAAACCUUUUCAUGUUUUAAUGGAGGUGCUCAAGUGAUGUGAUGCACUUCGCGAGGUAAGACUCGUUUUAUUACAAUAUAGAUCUUGAUUAUCAAUCAGAUAGUCUUGACUGAGCGCCGCCAUUUUGAUGGAAGCAAUUGCAAGUGAUAUGAGAGAUGGAAUCUGAUUGGUCAAUAGGAGGGACAUAGAAGGGAGAUAAUUCACUGUUGGCGCUACUGGCGAGCUUUGAAAUUCAAACCUAGUUCGGCAAGGUCGGAAACUGGACUUUUGUAGUCAGUUAACACCCUUGUCUCGGGAAGAUGGUUACAGGAAGAGGGGCCAAACCCCCCGAACCAGUUUCAUUUUUUUACUUUGUAUGCACAGAUUUGUCAGGUUAAUUAGAUAAUCUCAUUAAAAACAGAUCUUAGUGGACGCAACACGAAAGUUUUACGAAAGUUUUGAGAACAUCCCAUUACGUGUCUUGUUACGCGGCCUUUCGCGAAACAAGCCCCCCAAAGAUGACUACCAGUAAGUCGACAUGCGCCAAUCAGAAAGCAGUUCUCUCGAACUUACGGCGCUUAUAUCGACGUAGCUGCUUUCGUUUCAGACUACGUUCUGAAAGAUAUUUCGACUAAGUUCUCAAUUCAAAAUGUGAAAACUGAACAAUAGAACAUUUUGGAAUGUCUAAUUGGUGGCCGUGAUUGAACGGCAGUACUUCCCGCGGGCUAUGGAAAGUCUCUAACGUUUUAAAUGUGUAUCCCAAUGAAGCGAGAGAUGGAUGAUAAUCUAGCAUUCUGAGUAUGUUACAGCCCGUAACCGUCGUUCUGAGUGUCCACUUUACGUUUUCGAGGUUGCAUGACGAGAACUGUAAUGAGAUGUAUUUUAAAUUGUAUACGCCUGCAUGGACUAAGAUCUGAUUUUAAUGAGUUUGUUUUGAGAUGAAUCGUGCUGAAAGGCUCACACUUACAUGUAGAUUCUCGUUAUACAAUUUGAAGUAUUGUGGAGCGGUAUCAGAUCGGGACCAUCAAUAGAUGAUAUGACAAGGGGCGUAUUGAUUUCCAAUGGUAUAUGGUAAUACUUUGACCUGUGUGCUUCUACUGAGUAGCAUAUUAUUCACACGAUCCCUACGCUUUUUAUCCACCGCCUGGCCAGAAUGGCCGAAGGGGGAUUAUGUCGUGGCGCAGUCCGUCAGUCCCUCCCUCCCUCCCUCUAUCCGUCUGUCCGUCCCACA